AUGGAGAUUCUUACGGCGUCCUUUCAAGUGAUCUUUGAAAGAAUUGUGGAUUACACAAUUGGAGCAGUCGGACGUCAGAUGGGUUAUCUGAUUUGCUACAAAAAAAAUGUUGACAAUCUCAGGAGCGAAGUUGUAGAUCUCAAAGUUGCUAAAAAUGCUGUGCAACAAAAGGUCGAUGCUGCUCAAAAGAACGUAGAAGAAAUUGAAGUUGAGGUCCAGGGGUGGCUAACAAGUGUUGAGGAGAUCACUGUAAAGGCACAAAAAUUCUUUGAAGAGGAAGGCCAAGUAAAGUUGAAGUGUUGCAAUGGGCGCUGUUUUAAUUUGAAGACUCGUUAUCAGCUUGGCAGAAGAGCGCACAAGUUGGAAUUGGCCGUUAAGGAUAUCAAGGAUAAGGGCACGUUCAAGACAGUUGGCCAUCGUGUCCCUAUACCAGGAGGUACUACAAUUUCUACUAAAGGUUAUGAAGACUUUGAAUCAAGAAAGUUAAUUUUCGAUGGGGUGAUGGAGGCUCUAACAGAUGAUAAUAUCCGUACCAUUGGAGUUUGUGGGAUGGGCGGCUCGGGCAAGACCAUGCUUGUUGGAAAAAUUGCUACACAAGCCAAAGAAGAUAAGUCAUUUGAAAGGGUUGUUACAGUAGUUGUAUCCCAAACUCCUAACUUGAAACAGAUUCAAAAAGACAUUGCAAAAGAUUUGGAGUUGAAGUUUCAGGAUGAGGACACUGAUUUUCAAAAAGCAUAUUUGCUACGUGAGCGGUUGAAGAAAGAGAAGAUUCUUUUUAUUAUAGAUGAUAUUUGGAAUAAGAUUGAUUUGGAAGCUCAUGGAAUUUCUUUUGGGGAUGAUCACAAAGGAAGCAAACUAUUGCUAACGUCUAGAUUUCGAGAUGUGUUGGCCACGGAUAUGGAUGCUCAAGAAAUAUUCUAUGUUGGAGUUUUAUCAAACGAUGAAGCAAAAUACUUGUUUUCGAAGAUAGUGGGUGAUUUAGCUAAAAAGUUGAAUCUCCAAUCUACCAUGGUUGAGGUUGUCAAAGAAUGUGCUGGCUUACCGAUUGCCAUUACAACAGUUGCGAAUGCACUGAAAAAUCAAAAGAAUCCAAGUGUUUGGAAGGAUGCCUUGCGACAGUUAAAAUUGGCAGAUCCAAUGGAUAUCAAAGAAAUGCAUAACAAGGUAUAUCAAAGUAUAAAGUUGAGCUAUAAUUUUUUAACUGAGGAAGCGCAAUCGUUAUUCUUGUUUUGCAGUUUAUUUGAAGAAGAUAUGGUCAUACCAAUAGCAUUGUUAUGGAGAAUUUUGGUGGGUUUCUUUCAAGAUGUUUAUACAAUGGAAGAGGUGAGAAAUAGGGUCCACAGAUUGGUUGAAAGUCUAAAAGAUUCUUGCUUGUUGUUGGAAGGUAAUGGAAGUGGUUCAUUUAAAAUGCAUGACGUCAUUCGUGAUGUCGCCAUUUAUAUUGCAGACAAAGAUAAGGAAAUGUUAACCAUAAGAAGUUCCAAUGAUUCAGAAAAAUGGUCAAAUAUGAAAAACUUGAAAGAAUCCAUUGGAAUCGCACUUUUUGAUGUUAAGUUCAGUGAUCUUCCUAAAAGGUUGGAAUUUCCACAACUUAACUUCAUUUUGUUGGGUUGUAAAGGCAAUUCUUUGGCAAUUCCUAAUCACUUUUUUGAAGGGGUGAAAGAGCUCAAAAUUUUAGUUCUGUUUGAAGCACGUAUUUCACUUCCUUCAUCCCUUUCAUCCCUUCACAACCUCCAAACGUUGGUUUUGCGUAAGUGUGAGUUAGAAGACGUGGCUAUAAUAGGAGAAUUAAAGAAUUUGAAAGCUCUUACCCUAUCAGGGUCCAACAUCAAACAGUUACCUAUUGAAAUAGGACAAUUGACUCACCUUCAAUUGUUGGAUUUGAAAAGAUGCACCAGGCUUGUAGUUAUUCCACCCAAUGUAUUAUCGAAUCUUAAAAGGUUAGAAGAAUUAUAUAUGAAGAGUAGUUUUAAUCAAUGGCAGGUUGAUGGAGAAAGCACGGAAAGGAACAAUACUAGGGUCUCAGAGUUGGACUAUUUGUCACUCUUGACCACAUUAUGUAUACAUAUUCCCAAUGCUAAGAUUCUACCAAAAGCCUUGUUUUUUGAGAAAUUGGAAAGAUAUGAAAUAUUAAUAGGCAAUAAUUGGGAUUGGGAUUGGGAUAGUGACAGCGAUAGUGACAGCGAUGAUGAGUUUGAAAUCUCAAGAAUGGUGAAACUUGAACUUGAUAAAAGCUUUCAAGUAGAGGAAGGGAUUAAAAUUUUAUUGAAAAGGUGUGAAUAUCUUGAUCUGGCUCCUGGGGAGGGUAUUGAAAAUAUUAUUUACGAAGUUGACAAGGAAGGCUUUCCACAAUUGAAGCAUCUCUAUGUUCGAAACAGCACUGAGAUUCAAUAUAUCAUUAACUUGAUGGGGGUUCAAUGUGUUGUCUUUCCUCUCUUGGAGUUUCUUUCUCUAGAUAAUAUGAUAAAUUUGGAAAAGAUAUGCCAUGACCAUGACCAACUUGCAAUGGGUUCUUUCCACAGCUUGAAAAAGUUAGAAGUGAGCAAUUGUGAUGGGUUGAUAUUUGUCUUUUCCCUAACCAUGCUUGGAUGCUUUUCGCAACUUCAAGAAAUAGUGAUCAAGAAUUGCAAGAUAAUGCGUGCAAUUGUUGCAAAGGAAAGAAAACAUGAGAUACAAGUUGACGACAUCACUGACGACAUGAAAACAAAUUCAAUGGACUUCUCUCAAUUGAGUUCUUUGACUCUACGAAAUUUACCAAAUUUGAUGGGUUUCUAUUCUGAUGUUGAUUCUCAACUACUUUUCAACGAAAAGGUAUCAUUAAAAUAUGAUAUAUUUUACUGA